AUAGGAUUUCAAAGGGAAAAGUAUUUCAAAAGUUCAUCACUUUAUGGGUUAUCUGUUUAGUGAAGUCGUGGAUCAAGUGCUCACCAUUUGACUGACCAAUUGUUGAGCCAUUCAGUGACCAUCGUGUGUUUAAAUCUGAUCCAUUUUUGCAGCUAUUUUGUGAGCCAACCAUUACAUCUACGAAAUGAUCCUAUCGUGGCAUUCACUCCAAGAAGUCGUGUAUGUCUUGUGGACAGCCAUUCAUCUGUAUAUAUUGGGCGCCAUAUAUGUCCUCAAAGAGCUUAACCGGAAGUGCCAAUUGGUGUCCGCUGUUCGCCAUCUGUCUCCCGAUGACGAGGAUCUGCCGAAGCGAUUGGACGGCAAAGUGGCCAUAAUUACGGGCGGCUCGCGAGGUAUUGGUCUCGAAGUGGCCAUCGUUUUGCUACUGAAGGGAUGUCAUGUGAUAAUCGCCAGUUCAGCCAAUUCGGAGAUUGUGGACCAAUUGAUACUCAAAAUCUUAGCCAAAGUGAAGGAGGAGAACGUAAACAACGAGACAAUCGGUAAACUAGAGAUCUGGCGCUUGGAUCUGAUAUCACUGACAUCCGUACAAGAAUUUGUGGACAAAUUUCACUCCUCGGGAGUCACUGGUCUUCACUAUCUGGUGAACAACGCGGCCAUUAUGUUCGCGCCCAAGAAGAUGACCGACGAUGGCUUUGAGUCUCAUUUUCAGGUCAACUAUUUGGGUCACUGUCUGCUGGUGUGGGCACUGAUGCCAGCGAUGGCCGCCGCGGCCAAGAAGUGUGGCCAUCAGUCGCGUGUUGUGAACGUGAGUUCGUCCACUCAUUACGCGCGAGACCUGCGCCUCCAUGACCUCCAAUCCCAAGAGAUCUACUCUCCCUUUCACGCCUACGCGCAGUCAAAGUUAUGCCAAAUUAUGUUCACAUAUAGUCUGAACCACUGGUUGGCCGCUCACCACCAGUACGGCCAACACGUGACUGUCAAUGCCUUACACCCCGGGGUGGCCUUAACUGAGCUCUACCUCCACGUCUGGUGGGUUAAGAUCGUGCCCUCUCUGGCCAGAGCUCUCUUCAGAACAUCAAAAGAAGGCGCGGAGACCAUACUAUACGCCACCCUUUCCUCGCAAUUAGAGGGCAUUGGAGGCAAAUAUCUCGAAGACUGCGCUAUAAUCCGUUCGUCCGCCUUCUCUGUCAACAAACAAUUUCAGGACCAGUUGUGGCUAAAGACUUGGAAUGCACUCCAAGACUGGAUUAAAGGCUUACCCAAUCCGUUGGAUGAUUGAUCCAAACGGGGUCUUAAUCAACCAUUGAUUGCCAUUUAUUUACGAUUAAAAUCUAUUUUUACUUUUUAUACAAAGUUUUUGUAGUGAAUGUCUCAAAGGAUUAAUAUAUUUAAAGCAAUAAUUUAUAAGUUUUUUAUUUUUGAAUCUAUUUAUUAAAAUAAAAAUAUUUUGCAAUACAAGACAAUUGUCUCAAUGAA